UUGUGCUUCGGUCGGUACUGCAGAACGGUCAUCAAAUAUUGGCGCCUCUUUCAAUCCAGUUCUGGCAAAGCUUUAAGCUUGGUCUUCCCCAUCUUUUUGAACUUUCAGUGGUCGCUUUUGACUACCAGGUACUAUGAUUCGCGGCUGUUGGGGCAAUCGAAAGCUGACUAUGGCCGUGAGCUGCUGUCUGGUACUCGCAGUUAUUGCCCUCACCGUAGGCCUUUGUGUCGGCCUGAAAAGUGACAGCAACGCCCGCGACGACUCGCCCAGAUUUACGAUCGACCAUGAAGCCAAUACCUUUAUGCUGGAUGGCCAACCCUUCCGCUACGUCUCUGGAUCGUUCCACUACUUCCGCGCUGUGCCAGAGGCCUGGCGGAGUCGACUGCGCACCAUGCGUGCAUCUGGCCUGAAUGCUCUGGAUACCUAUGUGGAAUGGUCGCUUCACAAUCCCCACGAUGGUGAAUAUAAUUGGGAGGGCAUAGCAGAUGUGGUCAAGUUCUUGGAGAUUGCCCAGGAGGAGGACUUUUACAUUAUUCUCCGUCCAGGUCCCUACAUCUGUGCCGAGCGGGAUAACGGAGGCCUUCCCCACUGGCUCUUCACCAAAUACCCGACCAUUAAGAUGCGGACCAACGACCCCAACUAUAUUGCCGAAGUCGGCAAAUGGUAUGCACAGCUAAUGCCACGCCUCGAGCAUCUGUAUGUUGGAAAUGGCGGCAAGAUCAUCAUGGUGCAGGUGGAGAACGAGUACGGAGACUACGCCUGCGACCACGACUAUCUCAACUGGUUGAGAGAUGAGACGGAGAAGUAUGUGGCCGGAAAUGCCCUGCUUUUUACGGUUGACAUUCCCAACGAGAAGAUGAGCUGCGGCAAGAUCGAAAAUGUGUUUGCCACCACAGACUUCGGCAUAGAUCGCAUCCACGAAAUUGACGAAAUCUGGAAAAUGUUGCGUGUCCAGCAGCCCACUGGUCCACUAGUCAAUUCAGAGUUCUAUCCUGGCUGGCUGACUCACUGGCAGGAGCAAAACCAACGACGGGAUGGCCAGGAGGUGGCCAAUGCUCUGAAAACCAUUCUUAGUUACAACGCCAGUGUCAACCUCUACAUGUUCUUUGGUGGCACCAAUUUCGGUUUUACGGCCGGAGCUAACUAUAACUUGGACGGAGCUCUCGGUUAUGCGGCUGACAUCACAAGCUACGACUAUGAUGCCGUGAUGGACGAGGCCGGAGGAGUGACCACAAAGUAUAACCUGGUAAAGGAGGCAAUUGGCCAGUUCCUGACUUUGCCAGACAUCACGUUAAAUCCCGCCAAGCGUCUGGCCUAUGGAAAGGUGCUGUUAACUCCAUCGUUGGCUUUGCUCUCAGCGGAGGGACGAGCAGCUCUUUCUAAGGGUACACCUGUAGAGUCAGUUAAGCCCAAAACUUUCGAGGAACUCGAUUUGUACUCCGGACUCGUUCUUUACGAAACGGAACUGCCCGACAUGGACCUGGACCCGGCUCUGCUAAAAAUAGGGCAAAUCAAUGACCGCGCCCACGUAUUCGUGGACAUGGAGCUGGUGGGCACACUCUCUCGCGAGGCGCAGAUCUACUCGCUGCCCCUCAGCAAGGGGUGGGGUAGCACCCUUCAGUUGCUGGUGGAGAACCAAGGACGCGUAAACUUCUAUAUAUCCAACGACACAAAGGGCAUAUUUGGCGAUGUGAGUCUGCAGUUGCACAACGGUGGCUAUCUGCCGCUAGAGAACUGGCGGAGCACAGCCUUCCCCUUAGAUGACACAUCUAUUAAACGCUGGCAAGAAGGGCAGAGCGAAAAGGAGAUCAGGCUGGACUCGUUCCUGGCCAGGCAGCGCAUUCUUCGGAACGGCCCAAUUCUUUACACGGGCACCCUUAGCGUUGAGGAGGUGGGCGACACCUACUUGAACAUGGCUGGAUGGGGCAAGGGCGUGGCCUAUGUGAAUGGCUUUAAUCUGGGACGCUACUGGCCGGUGGCCGGUCCCCAAAUCACUCUGUAUGUGCCCAACGAAGUCCUGAAGGUGGGCUCAAACUCUCUCGUCAUACUGGAGUAUCAGCGGGCCAAUAAAACGGCAACGGGUGAUGACCUGCCCGCCGUGCAGUUUGAUGCAGUGGCUCAGCUGGAUGGAGAAUCCGGAGAUGUUCCUCUUAAAUGAAGGCCAAUCAAUUAGUUUAGUUACUUUUUAUUUUGAAGCAGUUUUGAUUGAUAUUUGCAUCAACAACAACCUUUGUUAAGCUUUUAAUACAUCUUCUAAUUUGUAUGACUCUAAAACUAAAUGUUUAAAUUGUUAGUGUGCUUGACUUUGACUUCGCGUUUAUUUUGCAGCACGCUUUCAAUUGACUUUUUUCGUUACUAUUAUAUUAUCUAAGGUUAACUACAAUACGUUUUUACAUUUGUUCGAAUGUUUUUCUCAUAAUUUCUUUCUGUAAAAUAUCAUUAAAAAAUGUAGAUGCAAUGUUUUCAUUUUCUGUUCAUAUUUAAAUAAAGACAAAUUUAUCAAAUUGAUAAUAAUA